GUCCUUAAAGUGACAGAGUGUGCUGGCGUGUUGGGCAGUGUAUAUUGUCUCAAAAUGUUGCAGGACAGCGCGCCUCCAGCACCAUUGUUUAUUAUCAAAAAGUGAUAAAUCAAAUGACUUUGCAAUAAUGCUGUUCUAAAACUUGGCGAACAAAAUUGUGAAAUGAACUGACUGGUGUGUGAUAGUGCUCAGUGGACAAACGCUGUAGAUAGUGACGAUAGUGUUAAUAAAUGUGAUAAAUUGUAACAAUACGAGAUUUACGAAACUGGACGUUGAGUCAGGUUUGCAAUAUUUUGGACUACUUACCUAUCUUUGAACAAAGUGAAUGAAAGUCUAUGAACAUUUUAUACUUAGUAUUAAAUUUUGUAAAAUUACUGUGAAGCUUACUGACUCGUAAAGCUUCCCAGAUCUUGAAAUCUACCGUUCUAACUUUCAGUGGUUAUCUUGUUUCAUAGACUGAAUCAGAAGAUUCAGUACUUGGUGUGAAGCUAAGAGCUUUUGCAGUAUUGAAACCACAUCCUUGAGACACAGUAGCUGUACUGAAUAAAGUGUAGGCUCUACCUUUGGCUUAGCCACAGUUGAGAAAUAAGAUUAAAGCUAUAUUUUAUGUGGAUCAUUGAUGACUGUAACAUCUAAAUUAAAGGGCCAAAGGACAAUUUGUAAAAAAAUGUCGUCAAAUUGAAUGGCGGCCAUAUUAGCAGGCGUUGUGUGUGCGAGGUGAUGCGCGGAGAGGACCACGCCCACCAUGAGCUCAUUCCUCACCAACGGUGGGUACCAACCGCAGCCGGACCCCAAAUUCCCGCCCUCCGAGGAAUACAGCCAGGCAGACUACAUACCACCAGGAGAGUACUACCAGCACCAACAUUUGCAGUACGGAUACCAGCACCAAUAUGCUCCAGUUCAGAUUGGGACAGGUUAUGGGUACGGAGGGUAUUAUCAUCCGUUGCCGCAGCACCCACCUGUCGCUCCACCGCCGAGGCCCCCUGAGCCUUCUCACCCUUCUGACGCAGAUCACGGGUACCCUGCCCACAAUCCUGAUACGGCCCCAGGUUUAGCAGAACUGGGUUUAAGGCUAGAGAGGCAUAUUGAAGAAGCAGCCCCAGCAGGAAGAAAGUUACAUGCGUUAGGCCGAGAAGGGUCUCCCGGUUCUGAACUUGAUGAUGAGAGGCUACUGCUGGACUCUCCACCAGUUGAAGACGAUGAUUCCUCUAUAUGUUCAGACAACACUGACAGGGUAAUUUAUCCAUGGAUGAAGAAGAUUCAUGUUGCUGGUGCCUCAAACGGCCAAUUUCAACCUGGAAUGGAACCGAAGCGCCAACGCACAGCCUACACGAGACACCAAAUACUAGAACUUGAGAAAGAAUUCCAUUACAACAGAUACCUAACACGGAGAAGAAGAAUAGAGAUCGCCCACACUCUAGUCUUGUCCGAAAGGCAAAUCAAAAUCUGGUUCCAGAAUAGGCGGAUGAAGUGGAAGAAAGACAAUAAGUUGCCCAACACCAAAAAUGUAAGAAGAAAAACCAAUCCGGCAGGCGUCACCACAACCACGACUAAAGGUACACCAAAGAGUAGAUCGAAUAAGAAUACAAAUAACAAUGAUAAGAAGAAAUCAAACAACAAUGGUAGACCGGACAGUAUAGAAAAUGUUACUGAUAACAUAAUGAAUGAUUUGCAUUGUGUUGGAGCGCAACAGAAUUUGUCACACGACCCAGCGAUCAGUCCGAUGUCUCAUCCAGGGAGCCAGAUGAAUCCAGGGCAUCCCAUGACCCCGCAUCACCUUCAUAUGAUGAGCAUGCACGGAGGCAUGGAUCCAGCGCUGCUGGCGAACCUCGCAGCUCACGGCUCCCCCGUCGGCUCGGCAGGCUGCGGCACCGGCAUCCCAACCAACCAACCAGUCAUCAAAUCAGACUACGGUCUAACCGCCUUAUAAUCUUUAGAUGUGUAAAGAAGAAAACUCUAUUUUUCAUUAUCGAACUGUAAUUCUUACCAUUCCUUUAUGUCUAAGGUGUAAUAAAGUGAUUAAAUUAAUUUAAGAUUUAUUUUUAAGUUGUGUAAGUAUUCUAGAGUAACCAGUCAUAAUCGGAUGUUUGGAUAGUUAGGUGGAAAACUUUACAAUGUCAAAAGUGUGAUUAUUAUUAUUUUAGGGUAGGUAAACAUCUUCUGAGUGUUGAAUUUGUACAUUUUAUUUUAAGUCAUUGUCAGUAGUAACAAUAUUGUAUUUAUUAAAUGAAUAACUAACUUUUUAUACGUUGCAAGGAAAUAACAAUAUUUUUCAUCGAUGUUUGCUAAGCUGUCUACUUACUUUUUAGUUACCAUUUUAAUUAUUCAAUUAAUUUAUUUAAAUACACACUAAUCUGUUCAAAGCAGUCCAUUUGAAUAACACUUUUAUAAAAUGUAGCUUUUGUACUACACUUUAGGAUCUAUCUUUAAUUUUGGAGAUAGAAAAAAAUUUCUUUGAAUUUUCAGAGGUUGAUUUUUGUAUGCUUUGGUGAUUAGCAAAAGCUUUGAUGUAACAUAAUAUAAUAAUUAUGUUGAAUUAUUUAAUAUACUGUUCCUAAUUAAAGCUACAGGUGGGUAGAAAUACUGUGUAUGUUUAAAAAUAAUCAUUAUAAUAAAGAUGUCGUUUAUAAAGUUCACGACUUAUGUGAUGUAGACAAUGACUUAGGUUUAGGUACAAAAUGUGGAUUUAAUUUUUAACGAGAAAUUGUUUUGUAACUGAAAUAGAAAAAUGUGAAUACAAAACCAAUAAAUAUAG